GCCUACAUUUGAAAGACUACAAGCCACUUGACCUUGUAAGUAGUGCCAUGUGCACCCACUUCAUUGUGCAAGAAAGAGCAAUGGGGCUGCAGUUUCGCCAAGGAAAAAGCAACACGGGUUUUGGUUUUUCCUUUCCUUUGUAUCACCUUCACAUAAUUUCACAAUCGCACGACGGGGAUAGAAAAUGGCUACACCUUCUGAUCCGUCCUUAUCUGCUCACAGCGGUUUGCUGUGCUGAGAAAUUGAAUUGGGCCAGCUCAGCAGGCGGGCCCCGGACGGAGAACCCGAGUAGCAAAUGUGGCUUCCUGCUUGGUGCUGCUCUGCUUCUCUCUGGUGGUUGCAAGUGCAAACUACACUCUGCCCUCUUUGGCUCCUGGACUGGAUUUAGUUGCAUGACGUCACCACUGUCCUUUUGAGAAGUAGCAUUCUGGUGAUCCAAUCCAUACCGUGUGAGUGUGACUGUGACGCCAUCCUUUGGAUCACAGAAGAGCUAUUAUUGUGACCCGCUGACAUCAUUCAGCCACCUUGGGCAGCCCGGAGUCAUCGUUCUGCUCUUGUGUAGAGUCAUUGUGCAGCUCAUCUUCAAACUCAAAGUGUUUGAGCUCUUUUCUUCCCUCCACGUGGUCUGCCUGGCACCGGGUGGGAGAAUGCGACGAGAGGGCAGCAACUCAUCGGCCUCUGACGGCAGAAUGACGGAGGCUCCCGCCCGCCUCUGUGUCACCGUGACCUCUUCUCGGCUGGCCAAACCUGCUCGGGGAUCAACGGGAGAAACACGAGCAUGUCGGCAAAUAUUGCAGGACGGACGGUGACGCAUGUGUGGCCUUCAUCUAUGUGAGUGACUCAUCUGUGCCCAUGUUAAAGAUGUUUCCGUUUUGGAUUCCCUCAACAACUCUGAACUGACUCUGCGUCCAUGGCCGGAACGCAGGCGCUCUGGCAGCCCCGUGGGACUUUUGGUCAGCCUCCAUCGAGCCUCUACAGUGCGGACCUACUCCAAGGGCGUUCCCUGGAAGAGCAGAUUGAGCUGCGAUGGUUCCGAGAGCCACGUCGCUCCCUCCUGUGUUACUGCGCUUCGGUCGCCCUGAUAUUAAUUUUGGGCCUGGGCGGCGUGGGCUUCCUCUGGGCCGCCGGCCCGGACGUGUCCGGCGAGUGGCGUCUCGGAGUGGGUGCAGCGCUGUGCCUCCUUUCCCUGGCGCUUCUGCUCAAGCAGCUUGUCAGCUCCGCCGUCCAGGACAUGAACUGCAUCCACAGCCAGCGGCGAAUCGACCAGCUGAAGAGUGGCGGACGGGCCGACCCGGCGCUCAUCCUGAUUGUGGGUCUGGCUGUGACGCUGUGUGGGACCGUUUUACUGUGCGCGGGUGCAAUCGGGGGCCGAGGCGACGACGCGGGCGGCGGAAUGUUGCUCUCCGGACUGGCGCUGGUGGCCACUGGACUCGGCACGAUUAUGGCUCUGGCGGGGUACGCUGCGCUGGUCUACCUGAAGAAAAGAAGGGAGCGUGCCAGGAGGAGGAGGGCGAUGGACGCGAGGGGCCCGGGAGGGAGGGGGGUCCGUCCGUCGUGUCUUGUGUGUCUCGGGAUGAAUCAGGCCUCCAGCAGAACCAGCCUGAUAUGAGACGCUCCAAGCGAGC